ACUCUUUCCAAAGCCCUGCAGGCCAGCAGGCCACACCAGGUGGACACAUCAUGUCUUGCCCUCCUGCUCCUGCUGCUUCGGUCUGGUACUGGGGAGCCUACUGCGCAGAUUGACGGCCAUCAGAGAUCUCUGGCCACGAUUCGGGAAAAUGCCACACAACAAUUCCACUGCCACUCAGAGGGAGGGCUUUCCGUGGCUCCACCCCAGCUCACCUGGUACCUGAACGGGCAGCGCCAGCUCAGUGAAAGCAACCAGACCAACCGACUGGUGAUGACAUCGCUUCAGGAUCUGGGUCUCUUUAACUGGACCUCCUCCCAGAGCACAUUCACACUGCAAGCCAGGAAGGGAGACCAGGAGCUCAACUGUACAGCGGUGGACCCCACGAGCGGAGACAUGCACACGGCCAGUGUGGUGCUUAACAUUGAGUUCCUGCCAGAGGUUGUGCAGAUGAACGCGAGCUACAGCGACACCGACGAGGCCGGAUUGUCUCUGAUUCUGUUUGCGCUGAUCCGCUCAAACCCCCCUGCUACUAUCACCUGGCUGGAUGACACCGGUCAGCUGGUGGCCAACACCACUGAUUUCCUGAUCCUGGACAGCAAGAACUACCCUUGGCUGACAAAUCACACCCUGCACGUCACCCUGAGCAGCCUGCCCAGCAACAUAUCUGUGAGCGCAAAGAACCAGCUGGGCAUCACCAACUCCUCCAUCGCCCUUGCUGACUUCCUCCGCUCACGGGUGGAGGUCCCUGUUCUGGCCAUCUUUAUUGGAGGGUCACUGGGUUUCCUCUCUCUGGUGCUCUUGAACCUCCUGCUCUUCUGUAUUGUCUCCAAGCGCAGGAGGAGAGUGGCUGAUAAGAACGUGGAGCCCCCCUUGCCCAAAAGUGGCUCCUCCCGCUUCGAGUUUGACAAUGUCCUCUUACCCAGAGAGAACAUGUCGCUUCCCUCCAACCUUCAGCUGAAUGACCUGAGUGGGCUGUGCAAAGGUGUGGCUCCUGAUGUGGUUGCCCCAGUAGCAGAAGACGAGAGUGAGCACUCUGAUCGGUCAAAGACCCUCACCACUAGAGGUUUUGUCCGUUUACCCAUGGUGGGCUACAUCUACAAAGUGUCCAGCAUGAGCAGCGAUGAGAUUUGGCUCUAAAUGUGUCCUUGACAUGACUUGUGCCCACCACUACAUUCAGUAUGCCUGGGCUGAUGAAGGAGGGGUGGCGUCUCCCGAGCUGGCACUGGGUCUUCCUCACAAGUUCAUCUGAUGGCCGGGACUGACCUCUUUUUCUAAGGACUCAUCCAUCAGUACUCUAUUGACCAAGGACACUCGAAAUAAUCUGGAAUGCCACCCUGUCUGAUUCUGUCCACCAUUCUUACCCUUCAUGGCUCCUAUAUUUCCUGCACCUCUCUGAGCCUCCUUUUUGUUCCAACUGAAGGGCUCCCUUAACCCUACACCCAUACACAGGCCCUAUUAUAU